CCAAUAAGUACAAAAGAUCAACCACAGUUCUUUUAAUAAAAGAAUCUCAUUGAAAGAAAGAAAAACGGAUAAGAGCAAGAUGGAAAUUGAGAAGAAACUCUAUCAAGCUGCAGUUGAAGGAGAUGUAACAACUUUACAAGAAUUACUUCAGCAAGAUGCUUUAAUUCUUGAUAGACUUACCUUAACUUGCUUCAAUGAAACUCCUUUGCACAUAGCAACAAUGCGUGGGCAUGUUGAGUUUGUGAAGUUAAUUCUGGCUCAAAAUCGUCAGCUUGCUGCUGAACUGGAUUCGCGAAAGUCUUCUGCUCUUCACAUAGCUUCAGCUAAAGGACAAUUACAAAUUAUCAAGAUGUUGUUAGUAGUGAAUCCUGAUAUAUGCUUAGCCCGUGAUCGCGAUGGUAGAAAUCCUCUCCAUCUAGCAGCCAUCAAAGGUCGAGUUGAAGUCAUCAAAGAACUAAUACAAAUCAGGCCUCGAGCAGCUCUAGGAACGACGAUCAGUGGGGAAAACGUUUUGCAUUUGUGUGUGAAGCAUAAUCAGCUGGAGGUUCUCAAGGUGCUGAUGGAGAUUGGAACAUGGGACAAUGAAUUUUUGAAUGCAAAGGAUAGUGAUGGCUUCACCAUUCUGCAUUUGGCUGUUGCUGAUAAGCAAAUUGAGACUAUCAAAUACUUGCUAAAGACCAAUCAAAUAGAUGUGAAUGCAAUGGAUGCAAAUGGAAAUACAACAUUAGAUAUUUUAGCACAAAGUAGGAGGGACGUGAUUGAUCGACAAAUUGGAGACAGUAUCAGAGAUGCUGGAGGUUUAAGAGCAAAGGAUAUUAUAGUAUCCAACAUCAAAAAUGAUAUCAAAAUUCCGAAUAAAUCAGCUGCAAAUCCGCAUUCAUUACCAGCCUCAACAACACCAGCAUAUUUAGGCGGAAAUCAGGCCCAAAACCACCCAUCAAAAGGCGAUUGGCUAUCCAAGAAACGCGAAACAAUAAUGGUGGUGGCCUCACUUAUUGCAACCAUGGCAUUCCAAGCUGGAAUGAACCCUCCAGGAGGUGUUUGGCAAGAACAAGGAAAAUUGGAUAAUAAGGGAAUACCUUCACAUAGAGCAGGGGAAGCAGUAAUGGCUUAUAAUCAUCCCAAAUCGUAUCGAUAUUUCCUUCGUGCCAACACCAUUGCCUUUGUCUCUUCUCUCAGCACAAUCUUGCUGCUCAUCAGUGGAUUGCCGUUCAAGCGCAGGCUGUUCAUGUGGGGUUUGAUGGUUAUCAUGUGGUUAACAGUUACCACUACAGCUCUCACUUAUGGCAUAUCAAUUUACAUCGUCACGCCUAAAAAGGACAGUGAACCACUUGGUCAGGUUAUUGAAAUUGGAGUUAUAGUAUGGUGUGGUUUAAUGGCACUACUUCUACUUGGAAACACUUUACGUUUGUUGCGUAUAUGGCAGAAAAAAAGGCAUAAAAUAAGAUCAGCAGCAGCACGAAAAUCUGCAAAUUCAGUUUAUGUCAAUGUUUGAUAUGCUGUAUUGAUAAAUAGGUUAUUCAUGUUUGUUCUUAUUGUCUCAUUUUAUCGUCAAAUGUUAUGAAUCUAAAAGCAGAAUAAAUUGGUAUUC